UCGCCGCCGCCUCCGCCUCAGCGCCCGCCGCCCUCCUCCUCCUCCUCCUCCUCUCACUCGCCAUGAUGAGACAUGUCGGCUCCGCCUCGGAGUCUCUCCACCACGCCGAAUACGUGGCGCCCAGGAGCGGCGGUCCGGACUCGGACGCGGGGCUGGCCCGGUCUCUGAUCGCGGUUGGUCUGAGUGUCGCAGCUGUUGCUUUUGCGGGUCGGUAUGCCUUCCAGUUCUGGAAACCGCUGGAACAAGUAAUCACCAGAACAGCAAGAAACAUUUCCAGUGCCAGUCUCUCCUCCUACUACAAAGGAGGGUUUGAACAGAAAAUGAAUCGGCGAGAAGCUGGUCUUAUUUUAGGCAUCAGUCCAUCGGCUGACAAGGCCAAGAUAAGAACUGCUCACAGACGAAUCAUGAUUUUGAAUCACCCUGAUAAAGGUGGCUCUCCUUACCUAGCAACCAAAAUCAACGAAGCAAAAGACUUGCUGGAAUCAAGCAGUAGACAUUAGGGUCCCAGGAUUUGGCUGCCACGAGCGAUGUAACGUGUACUACACUGAAGAAACCUCAAAUGCCGUUGCUUUGUGUUUUAGCAACUUUCUCCAUCAAUUACGACUUCAACGGUUUCAUUAAGAAAGUUCUCCAGAGUCUGGGAAAUACUAUUCCAAAUAUUUAUUAAUAAACAUUAGAUUUUUCACACGA